AUGGUUCAGUCAAAGCUUCCAGCAUUUGUUUUUGCCGUUCUGGCGGGUUCUGAGGUCGCACUUGGUGCUCGCGACUACCUCUGCCCUCCUCUUGGCCCCGUUCUCCCGGCACCAAAGUCCCUGGCCUCGCAAGACCCGAUCAAGCUCGCAACGGCCGGCCUCACCGAAGCGUUUGAAAACGCCACUUCGAAAUUCCAGUAUGCCGGAGUCUCGAUCCAAGUCCGUUCGCUACACGAGAAGGAGCCAUUGAUCGACCUGCACUACACCCCGCCCAAUGCGGAUCCCAAGAGCACCACCAAGAUUGACGCCGAUUCUGUCUACCGCAUUGGCAGCCUGUCAAAAGUCUUCAACAUUCUUUCGGUGCUUCGUCUCGGGAAGGUCCGCUGGGACGACUAUGUCGUCGACUAUCUCCCCGAACUGCUCCAGCUCGAGGGCGAGGCAGACGAGGAGGUCGACGACGUUACCACUGUGAGAUGGCGAGAUGUCACCAUCGGCUCCCUCGCCAGCCAUAUGUCUGGAAUUGCCACCGAUCUGGUCAACGACCUAUCCAGCUUUCCCGGCAUCCCCUUCACGUCCGCGGGCCUGCCUGAGAUUAAUCAGGCCGAGCUUCAGAACUGCGCUGGUGUCAUGGGUCUUCCUCCGUGCACUCGAGACCAGUUUUUCCGCGACUUCGGCAAGCGUCACCCAGUGUACGCACCCUUCACCACCCCGGUGUACUCCAACAUUGCCAGUGUCAUUCUGGGUUUCGUUGUCGAGGCCGUGAGCGGCAAGCCCUACGCCGACUACCUGCAAGAGUCCAUCUUCGCGCCUGUCGGCCUCAAGAGCACAACCGUCCACGAGGCGCCUUCAGAGCCGGUCGGCUGGGUCCCUGUCAACGAGACUUGGUGGGGAGGCAGUCUUGGUUACGAAGACGCUGCUGGAGGUCUCUACUCGUCCACAAACGACAUCCAAGCUCUUGGCCACGCCAUCCUCUCCUCCAGCCUCCUCACCCCCGUCCAGACCCGGGCAUGGAUGAAGCCUCACACCUCGACCUCCUCGUCGGGCCUGCUCAUGGGCGGGCCAUGGGAGAUCUUGCGCUCCACAACCGUCACAAAGGACCAGCGCCUCGUCGAGUUCUACUGCAAGGCCGGCAACCUCAAAUCGUACAACAACAUGCUGUGCCUGGUACCGGACUACGACCUCGUCCUGACGAUUCUGUCCGGCGGCAAGGAGUCCGGCGCCGUGAUGGUCGACUCCCUGCUCAACGCCGUAGUCACGGCCGUCGUGCCCGCGGCCGAGGCGGUCGGCAAGGCGGAAGCCGGCAUCAACUUUGCCGGCACGUACUCGGACGCCGAGAGCAACUCCACCCUGACCAUCAGCACCGACGAUGGCCCCGGGUUCGAGGUCUCGGGCUGGCAGGUCCGCGACGUGCCGACCCUGCAGGCCAUGGCGUUCCUCAAGAGCGCCGGAGCCGCGUCGGCGCCCGUGCAACCCGAUAUCAGGGUCAGGCUGUACCCGACCAACUUCGCGAAGAAGACAUACAAGCAGUCCUGGCGCGCUGUGUUCGACAUGGGCAAGCCGGAGCAGCUGCAGGCAAUCGACGAGUCCCGCUUCUGGCCCAUGGCGAGCUGCCACACGUGGGGCAGCAUGGACCGGUUCGUGUACCAGUUCCGCGGUAUCGACGAUUUCGUGUUUGAGAUUGACGAGGAGAGCGGCAAGGCGGUCAGCUUGGAGCUCAGGGGCUUCAAGGUUGUGCUGAAGCGGGAGGAGUAG